UGAACUGCCCAAUAAUAAUUUCCAAGUUAGCGUUUUUAUUGUUGUUAUUCAGACAUUUAUUUACGCCAUGGAAAAAAAACAUGACUCAUUUAACUGCACAGCAUCACAUACUUGUCCUAGGUAGUCUUUAAUUCGCGUUGGUGACCGGACUUGGUUGAUGUUAUCUAGGUAACGCUCACUAGCUACUAACAAUGGCUAACUGUAUGGUUUUUCACACGCAAAUAGCCUCCAUCAUGGAGGUACUAGCGAAUGCAGCAGUGACAGAGGUCUGUAAACUCGUAGACGACGACUAUGCAGUGUUUCGUUUGGAAAUAACUCAAAGCCAGAAGGAAAACAGGGCAUUGCGGAGGAAACUUCAGCUACUGGAACUGAAGGUAGCACGGGGGCGCGCAGAGACAAUGCAAGACCGCGUCUUCGCCAGUCGUCCCAGUAGCGUCAAGAUCCUCGACCUACACAGAGGAAUGCCAAGAGGUGAAGGACAUCUCAUUGGAGGCCACAGGAGCUUUGUGAAGCCAGCAGGACACAAUACAUGGAGAGAUGACCAACCAAUCACUGUUGAUGAGGGGAGUGGAACCUCAACCCAGCACGUUAUUGUGAUAGAGUCUGCAGAUGCAGAGGCUGUAGGUCCUGGGGUCAAGCUGGAGAGGUCUGAAGGAGAGGAGGACCCACGGCACAGCAGAGACAUCCAGACUGGAGCGGCUGGAGUGCCCCCUGUAGCCACAGAGGACCCCACCACCACCACCGCUGCGCAGUCCAGAACCCGAUACAGCAUCACGGAGGAUGAGGAGGAUCCAGAAGUGCUGUUGGUGAAGGUGGAGGGGUAUGAGGAGGGUCUGGGGAACCCUGAGAGGACCAUGGUCAUGGAGGACAACCAGACUACACCUCCUCCUGAACCCACAGAGAAACCAGCUGAGCAGCACAGGACCACACACAGUCUCACUGAGUCAGUAGACAUGGAGAAUGGGAAGCCUGAUCUGCUGCUAGUCAAAGAGGAGACGAUAGAGGAUGGACCAGAGAGCAUUAACCUGCUGAGUGGACUUAAGAUGGGGGAGCAAGGUGGUUGGCUGGAGGCUAACAGAGGAGACUGGCCGACCAUCUUGGAUUCCCAGACCCAGACGGGUGCAGCCAAGGGCCCAGGGGACGACAUCACUGAGCAGGCCAGGACCAGAGGCGACAUAGUGGAGGUCAGUGGAUGGGACAGCGUUCUCAACUCUGGGCUGGUGAACAACCCUGUUAACCACAACCAGAAACAGACAGUUGAACACAGAACAACAACCAAACUUAAUCUCCAUGACAACAGACUGGCUGAGACCAGGGCGAGGCGUAGAUUUGGAGGUGUCCGUAAGCGGCAGGAGAGAACAGACUCUGACUUGGCUAGCGAUGCUCCGUCCUGCUCCUAUAGUUGUGAUUCAGAGAGACUGAUGGCACCUCAGGUUAACCCCCUAACAGGUGCUGCCUUCAGCCUGCCUUCUAUAGGAUCUAUCAACUGGAACAUGGACCCUGGGACAACACAGACACUCCCUGGCCGUCCUCCUCACACUCUCCUAAUGUUAAACCAGACCUCAGACAAUGCCAGUGCCUCAACACUAAAUUGCUACACAAGCCCAUUGACAAAUUACAGCAGUAGAGAUGGAAUCUGUGGGAAACCCUUCAGUUUCCCCAAACAGGUGGAGAUUCACACAGGGGAGAAACCGUUUGGCUGCCAACUGUGCCGGGCCAGUUUUUCACACUUGUUCAACCUGAAGAGGCACCAAAGGGUCCACACAGGGGAGAAACCCUUCAAUUGCCCCCAGUGUGAGAAGAGGUUCUCCCACCAGCACCAGCUGAAGAUGCACCUGAAGGUCCACACGGGAGAGAGGCCGUUUGCCUGUACACACUGCGGGAAGAGGUUCUCAGAGAGGAGCUACCUCAGGAUACACCAGAAGAAAAUGCACACAGCCCAUGUAUAGAGUAUAGUGACAUGUAAUGUAGUACUAGUUAGUUUGUAGUUAUGUUGGUUUAGGAUGUAGUAGGAAACUGGAUGAGGUGAACUGAGGAAAGAAUGAUUAUGAUGUGGCAGAGUAGAUGAUAUGGUGAUGGUUGGUGUGAUGGUGUCUGUAAAAAUGAUUCACUAAUGAAAAGUGACAACCAUGUCCUGUUGUUUGAUGCUGGUGUUUUAUAAUGAGAUGAUAGUGCCUUAAUUCAGGUUUAUUUGACAUGAAGCAAUGUGUAAAUCUGUUCAUAUUUAGUUAUUUUUGUGUUUUUAAUAUUUACUUUAUCAACUCUUUUGUUUUUGAUAACAUCAAGUUUUUUAUUGCAAAUGUCAAGCACUUUAGAGCCAAGGAUUUGCAGAUCGACUGACAGGUUAACACUUUUAGGCUUAGCCAGCUUUUGUUUGAAAAAUGCAUCCGGACACAGUACAAUCUUUUUGGUUUCACCUGGUUGCCAAUUCCAGGUCUUUUGAGAACAAAUUUGAGUCGUCGCCUGAAGCGUGAGAGGAAUGGGAGACAAAGGAAUCCAGCAGUGCUGAGGCAGAGGGCUCGUAAAGAGGACGACUGGCUACUAUUCUGAACUGUGUGUGGUGCGCUUUCUGGCGCCCAGAGCUGCUGAAGCAUCAGCCAAGUGGGUGUUACACAGAGUGGAUGAGGAGAAAUGCUUACCCUUUACAAGAUCAUCAGCAGACACCAUUCUCUGACCAGCUGUCUCUGAUCAAGCCAUGAACUGACCCUCUCUAUCUUCGGAGGAUGCCACUUUCAAAGACUUGGUUGACCCGUCAUGAUAUAUUGCGUGGUUGUUUUUUUGCUCUUGAAGCGCUUUGAGAUUCUAUGAAAAGUGCUCUAGAAAUGUAAUACAUUAUUAUUAAUGCUGAACCUUUUCCAAAGUAUUCUAAAAUGAAUUGCGUCAAAGCGAUGUGUACCAGAUUUACAGAAAAGUAAAUAUAGUGAAGUUAUUCUACUCAUCACAUGUAUUGUUUUGUGCAAUAAAAGUACUGUACUUCACGUUA